AUGCUCCAGAUGAGACUGGCGCGCACGAGGGCAUUGGAAGCCGAGGCGGGCAAAGGCAACAUGGCGCAGCAGGAGUGCCUCCACAUCGUCGAGGACCAGCUGGCGGCGAUCAACGGCGUCUUCCAUGGGCUCCAGAGCUGCAGCGGCCUCAUCGGGGCGAAGACCAGGGAGAUCGACGAGCCAGUAUGGGAGGCGGGCGACCCAGGUGCCUGGACCCGCUGCGGCUGUCAGCGGAAGGACGAGUGCUGGUGGGUUGACUGCAGCAACGAGGCAGAAGACAGCGCGGACGAGAUCGCCAUGAAGAUUGGGAUGCUCGAAGAGAGGCUGGCGAAGCUGGAUGGGGCUCAGGAAG